AGAGAGAGAGAAGAGAGGCAUUAAUUUUAAAGAUAGAGGGAGAGAGAUGGGUCAGGCAUUUCGUCGAGCAACUGGAAGGAUCCGGAGCACGAGUGUCGAUACGACGCCUUCUUCAUCUUCUCAGCUGAAGAAAACCGUUGACCGGACACCAUCGCCAGUUACGGUGGACAAGGUCAGUGGCGAUAACGUCAGUCCUGGUUCCGACGGUUCACCAAGUGUUAAUGCCGAGAACGUCCUUGAAGAAAGGGAUCCACAGUAUGAUGCUAUGCUAAGUCAAAUGAUUGGUAGAAUUCAAUCUAAGCCUGGAGGGAAACUGGAAACGGGCGAGGCAUUUGUGGUGGAGAAGUAUAAUAGACCUAUGCCAAAAUUGAGGAAUACAACACCAGAGUCUGACAGAUUCGAGGAAAGGCCUGUUCCUCCAGGAACCCUGAAUGUUUCACAAAUACGCCACAUUAUACUUCUGCAUCAAGGCAAGACUGAUGAUCAUGACGGGCCUAUGGAUAUUCCCCAGAUUGCUGAGCGUUUCCGAGUUGAUUCUGUGCAGAUUGAAAGGAUCUUGCGGUCCUUAUCACUGCCUCCAGAGGACAGUAGUGAAAAGAAAGAUGAAAAAUAAUGACCACCUAUAUUCACUUGCCAUUUUGCUUUACUCACAUAACACCAUUGCACGAGGGAUCUACUUUGUAAGAAUGAGAAUGCAUUGAAGUUUGAUGCUCAAUAUAUUAUCAUAAAUUUUUGUAGGAAAUUUUAUUGCAUUCAUAUAUUUCAGGGCCAUAUUCAUGUACUGUACAUCUGGGGAAGAUGUUGCUUUUGCAGCUGUGUUAGAG